UCAAUGGUGAGAGCGGAAGCGGGCCUGGGCUGCACGCCCGACAAACCUAGGUUCGACACAACCCCCUCACGUGUGAGGCGCCGCGUAGAGGGUCUUGGUAUGAGGCUACGACAAGCCUGCAUUCCGCAUGCUCAAUUCGGCUCAACUGCUAUUGGCGAUACCGGCGCCGAGGUGUGUCGCUGCAUGUGCGCACACUGUCACUGGGCGAUAUUACAUGGUCACUGACCUGUCGGUGGAUACGAUGGAUACGAAGUUGCAUCGGGUCCAAAGCCAUCUCGAGCAUCCGUCCACGAACCUAAUAUCCACGAGCCUAAGUAAUCCCAUUCGCGUUGCAGCCCUGACACUGGAACCAUACAGGAGCUAUCUCGGCGGAAGGUACCCACCGAUUGGCUGGCGACCACGUUGCUCUUCCCGAUAGACUCAGCGACCACCCAGGACCACCCCCGCCGCCUUUGCCAACCGUAUCAACACUCUAUGUCGUGCGUGGCACAGAGC